GGUUCUAUGGAAAGCAGAAGGUUUGGCCCGGUCCUAGCCGAUUCAGCUGGCAAUUUCGAUUUUCUACCCGCCCGAGAUAUGGCGAGUACAGCAGUUUGGCCCGCUCAAGGUGACGAUAGCCAUGGAAACGACGUCGCACAAGCCCACCACCAAAGUUAUCAGAGCGACCAUCUGCACCAGCAGCAGCAUGGGGUGAUAGAGUCUGUGCGGUCUUAUGGCUCUUUGAGCACCGGUCAAACCGACCACAGAGGAUCUGAUGACGAUGACGAUGACGGGUCGAGUUGUUGUUCCACAACGGCUAGUCUCGGGCAUGGGUCCGCCGUGAUGGACAAAAACGAGAGGAGGAAGGAACAGAGGAAGCGACAAGGAGACGGGAGGCGUUACCGUCACGGAAGCAGUAAUGCCGGUGACAAGACUCCCGUACCUACUGCCGAGAACAUCCACUUUGAGGGACACCUGUUGCACCGCAUUUGUGAGGUCACAGGAAAGUUUCCGGGAGGAGGUAGCACCGACAACGGUUCAGAAGGGGAAAGGUCAGAGGAAUCACUGCUUGAAGAUUCUGGGGAGCACCAACUAGCCCGGCUUCGCCGCAACCCUAAAGUCAAGGAGGUAAUUUCUAGGCUCAAGUCUCUGUCCACCUCGCUGAUCGCCAUGUCGGGUCGAGGGAUGGCCUCGGGCUCGUCAACUGGAGAUGAGGGUGUCGAAUAUGCCGUGAGAGGGAGUAGGGCCAACACUCUUCGGCUUGCGCAGCAGGAAUACCUUCGGCUGUUUGAGGAGAUGCUGGCAGAGUUGCUCCGACUACAGCGCGAGAAGGCCAAGGCAUUUCGAGCAGAGAAACUGUCGCUGCAGAGGGAGCUGGCACGCGCACAUAAGUCGGAGGCUGCCUUAAAGGACGAGGCCGGGGUGCAUUCCAUACAGCUCGAGGCGCUGCUGGCGGUCAAGAAGGCCUUAGAUACGGAGGUUGCCACUCAGGAGGCCCAGCUGACCAGUCUUUCUGCAGAAGUGGAAAGCCACGCGAGGAUGGAAAACGUCACAAGACGGGAACACUUCGCCGCCGAGCACAAGAAAGCCGAGUUUUUGAACGAGAUGAAGCAAGAAGAACAGGCACUUCGCACGCGCUUCAAGGAGGUGGAGGUGGAGGCGACGAGAUCCGAGAUGGGCGUGCGGUCCAUGGAGCACCUCGUGGCCAAGGUCGAAAGGGCGGCGGCCAUGAACAGACAUAUUUACAGGGUGGACGAAACGUGAGUCUACUCAAGAGGG